AUGUUAGUCGGAGGAGAGAGCUGUAAUGUUAGUCAGAGGAGAGAGCUGUCAAGAGGAGGAGGAGGAGAGAGCUGGAAUGUCAGGAGGAGGAGAGAGCUGGAAUGUCAGGAGGAGGGGAGAGCUGGAAUGUCAGGAGGAGGAGAGAGCUGUCAGGAGGAGGAGGAGGAGAGAGCUGUCAGGAGGAGGAGGAGGAGAGAGCUGGAAUGUCAGGAGGAGGAGAGAGCUGGAAUGUCAGGAGGAGGAGAGAGCUGGAAUGUCAGGAGGAAGAGGGAGCUGGAAUGUCAGGAGGAGGAGAGAGAUGGAAUGUUAGGAGGAGGAGAGAGCUGUCAUGUUAGGAGGAGGAGAGAGCUGUUAGGAGGAGGAGAGAGCUGUCAUGUUAGUCGGAGGAGAGAGCUGUCAUGUUAGUCGGAGGAGAGAGCUGUCAUGUUAGUCGGAGGAGAGAGCUGUCAUGUUAGUCGGAGGAGAGAGCUGUCAUGUUAGUCGGAGGAGAGAGCUGUCAUAUUAGGAGGAGGAGAGAGCUGGAAUGUCAGGAGGAGGAGAGAGCUGUUAGGAGGAGGACAGAGCUGUAAUGUUAGGAGGAGGAGAGAGCUGUCAUGUUAGGAGGAGGAGAGAGCUGUCAUGUUAGGAGGAGGAGAGAGCUGUCAGGAGGAGGAGAGAGCUGUCAUGUUAGUCGGAGGAGAGAGCUGUCAUGUUAGUCGGAGUAGAGAGCUGUCAUGUUAGUCGGAGGAGAGAGCUAUCAUGUUAGUCGGAGGAGAGAGCUGUCAUGUUAGUCGGAGGAGAGAGCUGUCAUGUUAGUCGGAGGAGAGAGCUGUCAUGUUAGUCGGAGGAGAGAGCUGUCAUGUUAGUCGGAGGAGAGAGCUAUCAUGUUAGUCGGAGGAGAGAGCUGUAAUGUUAGGAGGAGGAGAGAGCUGUCAUGUUAGUCGGAGGAGAGAGCUGUAAUGUUAGUCGGAGGAGAGAGCUGUAAUGUUAGUCGGAGGAGAGAGCUGUAAUGUUAGUCGGAGGAGAGAGCUGUAAUGUUAGUCGGAGGAGAGAGCUGUCAGGUUAGGAGGAGGAGAGAGCUGUAAUGUUAGUCGGAGGAGAGAGCUGUAAUGUUAGUCGGAGGAGAGAGCUGUCAUGUUAGUCGGAGGAGAGAGCUGUCAUGUUAGGAGGAGGAGAGAGCUGUCAUGUUAGGAGGAGUGAUACUCAACCAGUCAGCUGAGCAACACAACACUUCCCUCCAAUGCUCAACCAGUCCUCUAUUCUCUCUCUGACAGGGUCUGGAGUCUGUGUGAUUGACUACUGUCUUUCUUUCACUCCCCAGUCUCUGACUCUCAGACCAAAGCAGAGGAGAGGAGAUGGUCUGGUCAGACCCAGUCCACCACCCCAACCCAGUCUAGUCAGACCCAGUCCACCACCCCAACCCUAACACUAUCACCUGCUCCCAGCAACAAUGCUGCUAACAAACCAGGUAACUAACCUUUCACUCUCUCUAGUUUCUCUCGCUUAGUCUCUCUGUUAACUGACUUGCCUAGUUAAGUAAAGGUAAAAUAAAAUAAAAAAAAUAAAGUGGAAUGCUCUCUUUUCCUGUGUGUGUGCGCCUGUGUGUUUGUGUGUGUGUUAGUUGCAUUCUCUAAACGUUGUGUUUUAUGUUACAGAGCCAUUGGUCCUCAACAUCGACGAGCGACAGAGACUGGCUCGGGAGCGUCGAGAGGAGAGGGAGAAACAGACCGGUGUGUAUCCUGCAAACUGUGUGUGUGUUGUGACAGUCUUUUGGUGUGUGUUGUGCUCUUGAGCCAGCUGUCAGCAUCAUGUGAGUAAAGUAUUUAAAAGACCUGAGCCAGCUGUCAGCAUCAUGUGAGUAAAGUAUUUAAAAGACCUGAGCCAGCUGUCAGCAUCAUGUGAGUAAAGUAUUUAAAAGACCUGAGCCAGCUGUCAGCAUCAUGUGAGUAAAGUAUUUAAAAGACCUGAGCCAGCUGUCAGCAUCAUGUGAGUAACGUAUUUAAAAGACCUGAGCCAGCUGUCUAGGUGUUCUCUACAGUGAUAACUGAGGUUUGAUUGAGAGCUGCCCAAUUCCACAUCUACUCCUAGGCCCUGUCACUAGGCCCUGUCACUAGGCCCUGUCACUAGGCCCUGUCACUAGGCCCUGUCACUAGGCCCUGUCACUAGGCCCUGUCACUAGGCCCUGUCACUAGGCCCUGUCACUAGGCCCUACCCACAUUUUAAAUGUAAUAAUCUGGUUAUAGUACCAGAACUUGUGGAAUCCAUUCCUCUAUAGAGGGGAGGUUAGGUAGGGGGAGGGGUUAGGUAGGGAGGAGGGGUUAGGUAGGGAGAACAGGCUAGUGGAGGAGGGGUUAGGUAGGGGGAGGGGGAGGGGUUAUGGAGGGGGGAGGGGUUAGGGGGGAGGGGGGAGGGGUUAGGUAGGGGGAGGGGUUAGGUAGGGAGAACAGGCUAGUGGAGGAGGGGUUAGGUAGGGGGGAGGGGUUAGGUAGGGAGAGUAUUAACACACCCAGAGGCCUGGAGCAGCUCUCUGAUGGGUCAGCUCUGGGUCAUGUGACUAGGCUUUAGUCCUGAACAACACAAAGACAAUCCCUCUCUGCUAGGCACACACACACACACACACACCCAAAACCAUCCAGCUCACAGCCGUCGCCGCCCCCCACACACACACACACACCCCUGACCCCCCCUUAUGUCAACUGGGUACCAUGGUAACAGGGGCAGUGAAGCUUUUAUGUAACAGAGCUUCACCAUAACAACAUGCCACAUUCCCUUAGUCAUGUUGAGAGGGGGGAGAGAGGGGGGAGAGAGAGGGGGGAUAGAGGGGGGAGAGAGGGGGGAGAGAGAGAGGGAUAGAGAGAAAGCACUGACAGUGUGUUCAGAUCAAAGAUUUAAAAAACGGAGCUGAAGUCCUAUCCUGAAUUCAUCUGAACCCCAAUACCAAACCUUACUGUGUGUGUGUGUGUGUGUGUGUGUGUGUGUGUGUGUGUGUGUGUGUUAGCUGCGAGGGAGUCUGCGUGGCAGGAGAGAGAGGAGAGGGCCAGACAGCACUAUGAGAAGCACCUGGAGGAGAGGAGGAGGAAGCUGGAGGAACAGAGGAUGAAGGAGGACAAGAGACGAUCCGCUGUGGAGGAGAAGAGAAGACAGAACCUAGAGGAGGAGAAGGUGUGGUGCACACUGUACACUAUAUACUAUAUAUACUAUAUAUACUAUAUACUAUAUACUAUACACACUAUAUAUACUAUAUAUACUAUAUACUAUAUACUAUACACUAUACACACUGUACACACUAUAUAUACUAUACACUAUAUACUCUAUACACACUGUACACUAUAUAUCUAUAUACAUAUAUCAUACACUAUAACACCUGUACACCUAUAUAUACUAAUAUAUUCUAUACACUAUACAACAUGUACACGAUAUAGACUAUAUACUAUAUACUCUAUACACACGAUAACACACUAUAUACAUAUCGACUUAUACACACUAUACACACUAUAUAUACUAUACACUAAUAUACUCCUAAAUACACAACUGUAUACACACUAUAUAUCCUAUACACUAUAUACUCUAUACACACUGUACACUAUAUAUACUAUACACUAUAUACUCUAUACACACUGUACACACUAUAUAUACUAUACACUAUAUACUCUAUACACACUGUACACACUAUAUAUACUAUACACUAUAUACUCUAUACACACUGUACACACUAUAUAUACUAUACACUAUACACACUGUACACACUAUAUAUACUAUACACUAUAUACUCUAUACACACUGUACACACAAUAUACUCUAUACACACUGUACACACUAUAUAUACUAUACACUCUAUACACUAUAUAUACUAUACACGAUAUACUCUAUACACACUGUACACACUAUAUAUACUAUACACGAUAUACUCUAUACACACUGUACACACUAUAUAUACUAUUCACUAUAUACUCUAUACACACUAUAUAUACUAUAUACACACUAUAUAUACUAUACACUAUAUACUCUAUACACACUGUACACACUAUAUAUACUAUACACUAUACUAUAUACACUGUACACACUAUAUAUACUAUACACUAUAUACUGUAUACACACUGUACACACUAAAUAUACUAUACACUAUAUACUCUAUACACACUGUACACACUAUAUAUACUAUACACUCUAUACUCUAUACACACUGUACACACUAUACACUAUAUAUAUUAUAAACACUGUACAUACUAUAUACACUAUACACUAUAUACUCUAUACACACUGUACACACUAUAUAUACUAUACACUAUAAACCCUGAACACAUUUUUACAUUUUAGUCAUUUAGCAGACGCUCUUAUCCAGAGCGACUUACAGUUAGUGCACACAUUAUUUUUAAUUUUUUUUCAUACCCCCUGUGGGAAUCGAACCCACAACCCUGGCGUCGCAAACGCCAUGCUCUACCAACUGAGCUACAUCCCCUGCCGGCCAUUCCCUCCCCUACCCUAGACGACGCUGGGCCAAUUGUGCGCCACCCUAUGGGUCUCCCGGUCGGCUACGAUUCGAACCAGGAUCUCUAGUGGCACAGCUAGCACUGCGAUGCAGUGCCUUAGACCACUGCGCCACACUAUACACACUGUACAUUAUGUACACAUACACUAUAUACACUAUACACACUGUACACUAUGUACACACAUCACACUGAUGAAUACAUACACUACCCAUGGACGAACACACACACUCUCUCAAAUCAAAUAUUAUUUGUCACAUGCACCGAAUACAACAGUGAACCUUACAGUGAAAUGUUUACUUACAAGCCCCUUAACCAACAAUGCAGUUUUAAGAAAAUAGAGUUAAGAAAAUAUUGACUUGAUAAACUAAAGUUUAAAAAAAAGUGAGGGGAAAAAAGUAUUUGAUCCCCUGCUGAUUUUGUACGUUUGCCCACUGACAAAGACAUGAUUAGUCUAUAAUUUUAAUGGUAGGUUUAUUUGAACAGUGAGAGACAGAAUAACAACAACAAAAAUCCAGAAAGAUUAAUGUCAAAAAUGUUAUAAAUUGAUUUGCAUUUUAAUGAAAUACGUAUUUGACCCCUCUGCAAAACAUGACUUAGUACUUGGUGGCAAAACCCUUGUUGGCAAUCACAGAGGUCAGACGUUUCUUGUAGUUGGCCACCAGGUUUGCACACAUCUCAGGAGGGAUUUUGUUCCACUCCUCUUUGCAGAUCUUCUCCAAGUCAUUAAGGUUUCGAGGCGGACGUUUGGCAACUCGAACCUUCAGCUCCCUCCACAGAUUUUCUAUGGGAUUAAGGUCUGGAGACUGGCUAGGCCACUCCAGGACCUUAAUGUGCUUCUUCUUGAGCCACUCCUUUGUUGCCUUGGCCGUGUGUUUUGGGUCAUUGUCAUGCUGGAAUACCCAUCCACGACCCAUUUUCAAUGCCCUGGCUGAGGGAAGGAGGUUCUCACCCAAGAUUUGACGGUACAUGGCCCCGUCCAUCGUCCCUUUGAUGCAGUGAAGUUGUCCUGUCCCCUUAGAAGAAAAACAACCCCAAAGCAUAAUGUUUCCACCUCCAUGUUUGACGGUGGGGAUGGUGUUCUUGGGGUCAUAGGCAGCAUUCCUCCUCCUCCAAACACGCGAGUUGAGUUGAUGCCAAAGAGCUCGAUUUUGGUCUCAUCUGACCACAACACUUUCACCCAGUUCUCCUCUGAAUCAUUCAGAUGUUCAUUGGCAAACUUCAGACGGGCAUGUAUAUGUGCUUUCUUGAGCAGGGGGACCUUGCGGGCGCUUCCGGAUUUCAGUCCUUCACGGCGUAGUGUGUUACCAAUUGUUUUCUUGGUGACUAUGGUCCCAGCUGCCUUGAGAUCAUUGACAAGAUCCUCCCGUGUAGUUCUGGGCUGAUUCCUUACCGUUCUCAUGAUCAUUGCAACUCCACGAGGUGAGAUCUUGCAUGGAGCCCCAGGCCGAGGGAGAUUGACAGUUCUUUUGUGUUUCUUUCAUUUGCGAAUAAUCGCACCAACUGUUGUCACCUUCUCACCAAGCUGCUUGGCGAUGGUCUUGUAGCCCAUUCCAGCCUUGUGUAGGUCUACAAUCUUGUCCCUGACAUCCUUGGAGAGCUCUUUGGUCUUGGCCAUGGUGGAGAGUUUGGAAUCUGAUUGAUUGAUUGCUUCUGUGGACAGGUGUCUUUUAUACAGGUAACAAGCUGAGAUUAGGAACACUCCCUUUAAGAGUGUGCUCCUAAUCUCAGUUUGUUACCUGUAUAAAAGACACCUGGUAGCCAGAAAUCUUUCUGAUUGAGAGGGGGUCAAAUACUUAUUUCCCUCAUUAAAAUGCAAAUCAAUUUAUAACAUUUUUGACAUGUGUUUUUCUGGAUUUUUUUGUGGUUAAUCUCUCUCACUGUUCAAAUAAACCUACCAUUAAAAUUAUAGACUGAUCAUUUCUUUGUCAGUGGGCAAACGUACAAAAUCAGCAGGGGAUCCCUCACUGUAGGUCCUGGAUGGCAGGAAGCUUGGCCCCAGUGAUGUACUGGGCCGUACGCACUACCUUCUGUAGUGCCUUACGGUCGGAUGCCGAGCAGUUGCCAUACCAGGCGGUGAUGCAACCGGUCAGGAUGCUCUCGAUGGUGCAGCUGUAGAACCUUUUGAGGAUCUGGGGACCCAUGCCAAAUCUUUUCAGUCUCCUGAGGGGGAGAAGCUGUUGUCAUGCCCUCUUCAUGACUGUCUUGGUGUGUUUGGACCAUGAUAGUUUGUUGGUGAUGUGGACACCAAGGAACAUGGAACUCUCGACCCGCUCCACUACAGCCCCGUCGAUGAGAAUGGGGGCGUGUUCACCUUCCACACUUUAUCUGUUGGAGUUUUACCUUUCACCAGUGUUGUGGCAGCUUCUAUCUAUCUAUUCUAUCUAUCUGGUUGUUUUUAUGUUGGUCAGCAACAACACACAUCGCUGGAAUACCUGAAUGUAGAUAAGUGAUUGUAGCAAUGGGGAACUCAUUCACAAAGAGGGACACUAUGUGAACGUGACACACAUUUACUGUUGACGUUGUUGUUGACAUGUUCUGCUUGUUAAAUUGCGGUUGUUGACUUGUUGUUGUUGUUCUGUAGGCCCGUCAUGAGGCAGUGAUGCGUCGGACGGUGGAGAGAAGUCAGAGAGCCAGACAUAAACCCAACCGCUGGUCCUGGGGCGGGGCCCUGCCUGGGAACACACCCACUACACCCGGGGGUAAACCCAUCACAUGGCUAUAUACCUGUAACAAUACAUAUCAACAUUAUUAUUAACAUUCAAAUAUAUCGGGGGUGGAAUACAUAUCAACAUUAUUAUUAACAUUCAAAUAUAUCAGGGGUGGAAUACAUAUCAACAUUAUUAUUAACAUUCAAAUAUAUCAGGGGUGGAAUACAUAUCAACAUUAUUAUUAACAUUCAAAUAUAUCGGGGUGGAAUACAUAUCAACAUUAUUAUUAACAUUCAAAUAUAUCGGGGUGGAAUACAUCUCAACAUUAUUAUUAACAUUCAAAUAUAUCAGGGGUGGAAUACAUAUCAACAUUAUUAUUAACAUUCAAAUAUAUCAGGGGUGGAAUACAUCUCAACAUUAUUAUUAACAUUCAAAUAUACAGUGGGGAAAAAAAGUAUUUAGUCAGCCACCAAUUGUGCAAGUUCUCCCACUUAAAAAGAUGAGAGAGGCCUGUAAUUUUCAUCAUAGGUACACGUCAACUAUGACAGACAAAUUGAGAAAAGAAAAUCCAGAAAAUCACAUUGUAGGAUUUUUAAUGAAUUUAUUUGCAAAAUAUGGUGGAAAAUAAGUAUUUGGUCACCUACAAACAAGCAAGAUUUCUGGCUCUCACAGACCAGUAACUUCUUCUUUAAGAGGCUCCUCUGUCCUCCACUCGUUACCUGUAUUAAUGGCACCUGUUUGAAUUUGUUAUCAGUAUAAAAGACACCUGUCCACAACCUCAAACAGUCACACUCCAAACUCCACUAUGGCCAAGACCAAAGAGCUGUCAAAGGACACCAGAAACAAAAUUGUAGACCUGCACCAGGCUGGGAAGACUGAAUCUGCAAUAGGUAAGCAGCUUGGUUGGAAGAAAUCAACUGUGGGAGCAAUUAUUAGGAAAUGGAAGACAUACAAGACCACUGAUAAUCUCCCUCGAUCUGGGGCUCCAAGCAAGAUCUCACCCCGUGGGGUCAAAAUGAUCACAAGAACGGUGAGCAAAAAUCCCAGAACCACACAGGGGGACCUAGUGAAUGACCUGCAGAGAGCUGGGACCAAAGUAACAAAGCCUACCAUCAGUAACACACUACGCCGCCAGGGACUCAAAUCCUGCAGUGCCAGACGUGUCCCCCUGCUUAAGCCAGUACAUGUCCAGGCCCAUCUGAAGUUUGCUAGAGUGCAUCCAGAAGAGGAUUGGGAGAAAGUCAUAUGGUCAGAUGAAACCAAAAUAUAACUUUUUGGUAAAAACUCAACUUGUCGUGUUUGGAGGACAAAGAAUGCUGAGUUGAAUCCAAAGAACACCAUACCUACUGUGAAGCAUGGGAGUGAAAACAUCAUACUUUGGGGCUGUUUUUCUGCAAAGGGACCAGGACGACUGAUCCGUGUAAAGGAAAAAUGAAUGGGGCCAUGUAUCGUGAGAUUUUCAGUGAAAACCUCCUUCCAUCAGCAAGGGCAUUGAAGAUGAAACGUGGCUGGGUCUUUCAGCAUGACAAUGAUCCCAAACACACCACCCGGGCAACGAAGGAGUGGCUUCGUAAGAAGCAUUUCAAGGUCCUGGAGUCUCCAGAUCUCAACCCCAUAGAAAAUCUUUGGAGGGAGUUGAAAGUCCGUGUUGCCCAGCGACAGCCCCAAAACAUCACUGCUCUAGAGGAGAUCUGCAUGGAGGAAUGGGCCAAAAUACCAGCAACAGUGUGUGAAAACCUUGUGAAGACUUACAGAAAACAUUUGACCUGUGUCAUUGCCAACAAAGGGUAUAUAACAAAGUAUUGAGAAACUUUUGAUAUUGACCAAAUACUUAUUUUCCACCAUAAUUUGCAAAUAAAUUCAUAAAAAUCCUACAAUGUGAUUUUCUGGAAUAUUUUUUCUCAUUUUGUCUGUCAUAGUUGACGUGUACCUAUGAUGAAAAUUACAGGCCUCUCUCAUCUUUUUAAGUGGGAGAACUUGCACAAUUGGUGGCUGACUAAAUACUUUUUCCCCCCACUGUAUCAGGGGUGGAAUACAUAUCAACAUUAUUAUUAACAUUCAAAUAUAUCGGGGGUGGAAUACAUAUCAACAUUAUUAUUAACAUUCAAAUAAAUCGGGGGUGGAAUACAUAUCAACAUUAUUAUUAACAUUCAAAUAUAUCAGGGGUGGAAUACAUAUCAACAUUAUUAUUAACAUUCAAAUAUAUCAGGGGUGGAAUACAUAUCAACAUUAUUAUUAACAUUCAAAUAAAUCGGGGGUGGAAUACAUUUCAACAGUCAUUCAAUUCCAUUGUUCACUUUCAAACUCCCUCUUUAAUAGGUUGUAAAAGUCCCAUAACCAGGUUUCUGCUCUGAUUUUAGUCUUCAUCUUUCUGUUGCUGGAGAGUGUGCCUCUUUGUCUGCCGGUGAAUGUGUUUUAUUAAGUUGAGUCUACAUUGUAUGUUCAGCCUUUCUGUUGGCUGGUGUUUAUGCUGACUCAUACCCUGCUCUGGCUCUCUCUCUCUCUCUCUCUCUCUCUCUCUCUCUCUCUCUCUCUCUCACUGUACAUUCACACACACACAAAAACUCUCUCUCUCGCUGCCCUCCCCCCCACUUCCCCCUCUCUCUUCUCUCAAUCCCCCUCCCCCUCUCUCUCUGGUUGUUUUGUCCUGUUGCAGGUUUUGUCGAGUCGUCUUUCCUCUAUCCCCUCGACCUAGCAGGGCUGGAACACCACCUCCAAGGUGCAUUCAGUGUCUACCGCAGAUACGGCCUGAGCCACCAAUGUGAAUAUCACUCUCAGCUAGCUCUAGCCUGCUACCUAGCAUUAGCAAGCUAGCAUUAGCCUGCUAGCAUUAGCUUGGUAGCUAGUGGAACUGAAUGUGAAUGUUCCGCUUAAUUUGCAUUAACUAAAUAAUAAUAAAUUAGCCUUAGCAUGUUGGUGUGUUAUGUGUGUAUGUAUGACCAUUUGUUAGCAGUAGAGAACAUUAGCUAGUUUCCUCAUCAUUAGCAUUAGCGCUAAACAACAGUGUUGUAGUAGAGUCACUAAACCUCGAGUCCGAAUGGAGUCCCAAGUCCCCUGUGCUAAAAGUCGAGUCGUGAGUCCCUAAGGCUGAAGGUCGAGUCAAGAGUCAAGUCACGAGUCCAUCAAUUUGUCUUAUUAUGCAAUUGUUUCUAGUCACCAGCAGAUGGCAGUAUGGCUCCACUCCCUCAUGAAAACAAACCAACUAAUUUACUAUUCAUCACGAAAAAACCAACUAAUUUACUAUUCAUCACGAAAAAACCAACUAAUUUACUAUUCAUCACUAUCCAAUACCUGUGCUUCUUAUUUACUACAGUAAGUAAGUCAGGCUCUCCGUUAGGAUGUAGGAUGAAUACUACUGUAGAAUAUACACUACCGUAGGAUGAAUACUACUGUAGAAUAUACACUACUGUAGGAUGAAUACUACUGUAGAAUAUACACUACUGUAGGAUGAAUACUACUGUAGAAUAUACACUACUGUAGGAUGAAUACUACUGUAGAUAUACACUAUGUAGGAUGUACCUACUGUAGAAUAUACCUACUGUAGGAUGAUACUACUGUAGAAUAUAAACACUGUAGGAUGAAACUACGUAGAUAUACACCUGUAGAUGUAGAUGAAAUACCUCCCGUAGGAUGAAUACUACUGUAGAAUAUCACUACUGUAGGAUGAAUACUACUGUAAAUGUAGGAUAUAUACUGAUGUAGAUGUAACUACUGUAGAAUAUAAUGUAUACUACUUGUAGAAUGUAGGAUAUAUACUAUGUAGAUGAACUACUGUAGAAUAUAGGAUGAAUACUACAAUGUAGGAUGAAAGGAUGUAUACUACUGUAGGAAUGUACACUACUGUAGGAUGAAUACUACUGUAGAAUGUAGAUUUUACACUGUAGAUGAUACUACUGUAGAUUAGGUGUAUACUACGUAGGAUUAUAACGGCCAAGUAGUGUGUUACGAUCCCCGUGGACACUGAUACACUAAAUUACAUCGUAAUGAACCUACUGUAAAGUGUUGGAUUAGUACUAAUGUAGAUUGAUGUAUACUAUUAGGAUUACCUACUGUAGAUUAUAUGUAUGAUGUAUACUACUGUAGAAUGUAGGAUGUAUACUACUGUAGAAUGUACACUACCGUAGGAUGAAUACUACUGUAGAAUGUAGGAUGUAUACUACUGUAGGAUGUCGGAUGUAUACUGAUGUAGGAUGUACACUACUGUAGAAUUAUUAAUGAUGUAGGAUGUAUACUGAUGAAAGGAUGUAUACUACUGUAGAAGUAUAACACUGACUGUAGGAUGUAUACUACUGUAGAAUAGUAGGAUGUAUACUACUGUAGAUGUAGGAUGUAUACUACUGUAGGAUGUACACUACUGUAGACAUGUUAGGUUUAAACUGUAAUGACCUACUGUGGACUGUAUCCCUACUGUAAAGAUACCUAACCUGUGGGUGAAUACUACUGUAAAUGUAGGAUGUAUACUAUGUAGGAUGAUACACUGUAGAAUGUCGUGGAUAAACUCUGUAGGAUGUAAUAUUAUGUAUAAUUAAAUUGCUGUAGAUGUACACUUAAAUGUAGGAUUAUACUACUGUAGAAUCGCUUGAGUAAUAACUACUGUAAAGGAUGUAUAUACUUUGAUGUAGAUGUACACUACUCUAGGAUGUACACUACUGUAGAAUGUAGGAUGUAUACUACUGUAGGAUGUACACUACUGUAUGAUGUAUACUACUGUAUGAUGUAUACUACUGUAGGAAGUAGUAUGUAGGAUGUACACUACUGUAGAUGUAGGAUGUACACUACUGUAGGAUGUAUACUACUGUAGAUGUGUACACUACUGUAGGAUGUACACUACUGUGGGAAUGUAGGAUGAUACUACUGUAAUGUAGGAUGUAUACUACUGUAGGAUGUAACUACUGUAAAAUUUAGGAUGUAUACUACUGUAGGAUGUACACUACUGUAGAUGUAAUUACUGUAGGAUGUACUAUUUGUAGGAUGUAAUACUACUGUAGGAUUGGGUUAUUAUGUAAUACUACUGUAGCUGUAUUACACUGAUUAGGAUGUAAUAUGUGAGGAUGUACCCUACUGUAGGAUGUAUUCUGAUGUAGGAUGUAUACAACUGUAGGAUGUAUACAACUCUAGUAUGUAGGAUGUACACUACUGUAGGAUGUAUACUACUGUAUGAUGUAGGAUAUACACUACUGUAUGAUGUAGGAUGUACACUACUGUAGGAUGUAUACUACUGUAUGAUGUAGGAUGUACACUACUGUAGGAUGUAGGAUGUACACUACUGUAGGAUGUAGACUACUGUAGGAUGUACACUACUGUAUGUGUACACUACUGUAGGAUGUUCACUGAAAUGAUGUAGGAUGUUACUACUGUAGGGAUGUAGGAAAAUGUAGGAUGUAUACACUUAGUAUGUAGGAUGUACACUACUGUAGGAUGUAGGAUACUGUAGAUGUAAUACUACUUGUAUGAUGUAGGAUGUAUACUACUGUAGGAUGUAUACUAUGUAGAUGUAUACACUACUGUAGGAUGUAGGAUGUAUACUACUGUAUGAUGUAUAGGAUGUACACUACUGUAGGAUGUAAGUUGUACACUACUGUAGGAUGUAUACAACUGUAUGAUGUAGGAUGUAUACUACUGUAUGAUGUAGGAUGUAGGAUGUAUACUACUGUAUGAUGUAGGAUGUAUACUACUGUAGGAUGUAGGAUGUAGGAUGUAUACUACUGUAUGAUGUAGGAUGUAUACUACUGUAGGAUGUAGGAUGUAUACUACUGUAGGAUGUAGGAUGUAUACUACUGUAGGAUGUAGGAUGUAUACUACUGUAGGAUGUAGGAUGUACACUACUGUAGGAUGUAUACAAACUGUAGUGAUGUUUUGUAGGGUAGGAUGUAGAGAAAUCUGUAGAUGUAGGAUGUAACUCUGUAGGAUGUAUGAGGUAUCUACUGUAGAUGUAGGAUGUAUACUACUGUAGGAUGUAGGAUGUAUACUACUCUAGAUUAGGAUGUAACUACUGUAGGAUUGUACACUACUGUAGGAUGUAGGUUUACUACUAUGUAGGAUGUACAUUUAACUGUAGGAUGUAGGAUGUACACUACUGUAGGAUGUAGGAUGUACACUACUGUAGGAUGUACACUACUGUAGGAUGUAGGAUGUACACUACUGUAGGAUGUAGGAUGUACACUACUCUAGAUGUAGGAUGUACACUACUGUAGGAUGUAGGAUGUAUACUACUGUAGGAUGUACACUACUGUAGAUGAUGUAACUACUGUAGGAUGUAGGAUGUACACUACUGUAGGAUUUUAGGAUGUAUACUACUGUAGAUGUAGGAUUCACUACUGUAGGAUUUAGGAUGUACACUACUGUAGGAUGUAUGUACCACUGGUUUGUAGGAUGAAACACUACUGUAGGAUGUACACUACUGUAGGAUGUACACUACUGUAGGAUUUUUUAUGUAUACUACUGUAGCAUGUAUUCUGAUGUAGGAUGUAGGAUGUACCCUACUGUAGGAUGUAUUCUGAUGUAGGAUGUAUACAACUGUAGGAUUACACUCUAGAUGUAGGAUGUACACUACUGAAAUGUAGGAUGUAUACUACUGUAGGAUGUAGGAUGUAGAUGUACCUACUGGAUGUAGGAUGUAGGAUGUACACUACUGUAGGAUGUGGAUGUACACACUGUAGGAUGUAUACUACUGUAUGAUGUAGGAUGUAUAAUGAUGUAGGAUGUAGGAUGUAUACUACUGUAUGAUGUAGUGUAGGAUGUAUACUACUGUAGGAUGUAGGAUGUACACUACUGUAGGAUGUAGGAUGUAUCACUGUAGGCUGUUGGUGUAGGAUGUAACUACUGUUAGGUUUGUAGGAUGUACACUACUGUAGGAUGUAGGAUACUACGUAGGAUGUAGAUAGUACUGUAGGAUGUAGGAUGUAUACUAUUGUAGGAUGUAGGUUGUACACUACUGUAGGAUGUAUACUACUGUAGGAUGUAGGAUGUACACUACUGUAGGAUGUAGAAUGUAUACUACUGUAGGAUGUAGGAUGUACACUACUGUAGGAUGUAGGAUGUACACUACUGUAGGAUGUAUACUACUGUAGGAUGUAGGAUUUAUACUAAUGUAGGAUGUAGGAUGUACACUACUGUAGGAUGUAGGAUGUACACUACUGUAGGAUGUAUACUACUGUAGGAUGUAGGAUUUAUACUAAUGUAGGAUGUAGGAUGUACACUACUGUAGGAUGUAGGAUGUACACUACUGUAGGAUGUAUACUACUGUAGGAUGUAGGAUGUAGGAUGUACACUACUGUAGGAUGUAGGAUGUACACUACUGUAGGAUGUAGGAUGUAUACUACUGUAGGAUGUAGGAUGUAGGAUGUACACUACUGUAGGAUGUAGGAUGUAGGAUGUACACUACUGUAGGAUGUAGGAUGUAUACUACUGUAGGAUGUAGGAUGUACACUACUGUAGGAUGUAGGAUGUAGGAUGUACACUACUGUAGGAUGUAGGUUGUACACUACUGUAGGAUGUAUACUACUGUAGGAUGUAGGUUGUACACUGUAGGUUGUACACUACCUCUUUAAGGAAUACCUGGGAUAGGAUAAAGUAAUCCUUCUACCCCCCCCCCCCCCCCCCCCCCCUAAAAAAAAAAACAUAUUGUAAAGUGGUUAUCCCACUGGCUAUAGGGUGAAUGCACCAAUUUGUAAGUCGCUCUGGAUAAGAGCGUCUGCUAAAUGACGUAAAUGUAAAUGUAGGAUGUGGCGCAUCCUUCCCACUGCUAGAGAACAGAACCCUCGCUGCUCUGUGCUCUCAGUGCUGCUAAUAUUCUGCUGAUCAUAGUAGCCGAUACUAGUCCCGAGAAGGCCAGUCCAAGUCACGAGAAGGCCAGUCCAAGUCACCAGAAGGCCAGUCCAAGUCACCAAUGGUCAAGUCCAAGUUGAAGUCAUGAAAAUCGGGACUUGAGUCAGAGUCCUAGACCUAGUACUACAACACUGCUAAACAAUGCCGGAAAUGACUAAUGCUAGCUACCAUCACUAGGUUUGGGUGCCCUGAGCUAGCCCCCUGAUGCUAGCUACCAUCACUAGGUUUGGGUGCCCUGAGCUAGCCCCCUGAUGCUAGCUACCAUCACUAGGUUUGGGUGCCCUGAGCUAGCCCCCUGAUGCUAGCUACCAUCACUAGGUUUGGGUGCCCUGAGCUAGCCCCCUGAUGCUAGCUACCAUCACUAGGUUUGGGUGCCCUGAGCUAGCCCCCUGAUGCUAGCUACCAUCACUAGGUUUGGGUGCCCUGAGCUAGCCCCCUGAUGCUAGCUACCAUCACUAGGUUUGGGUGCCCUGAGCUAGCCCCCUGAUGCUAGCUACCAUCACUAGGUUUGGGUGCCCUGAGCUAGCCCCCCUGAUGCUAGCUACCAUCACUAGGUUUGGGUGCCCUGAGCUAGCCCCCUGAUGCUAGCUACCAUCACUAGGUUUGGGUGCCCUGAGCUAGCCCCCUGAUGCUAGCUACCAUCACUAGGUUUGGGUGCCCUGAGCUAGCCCCCUGAUGCUAGCUACCAUCACUAGGUUUGGGUGCCCUGAGCUAGCCCCCUGAUCUAGCUACCAUCACUAGGUUUGGGUGCCCUGAGCUAGCCCCCUGAUGCUAGCUACCAUCACUAGGUUUGGGUGCCCUGAGCUAGCCCCCUGAUGCUAGCUACCAUCACUAGGCGUUGGGUGCCCUGAGCUAGCCCCCCUGAUGCUAGCUACCAUCACUAGGUUUGGGUGCCCUGAGCUAGCCCCCUGAUGCUAGCUACCAUCACUAGGUUUGGGUGCCCUGAGCUAGCCCCCUGAUGCUAGCUACCAUCACUAGGUUUGGUGCCCUGAGCUAGCCCCCCUGAUGCUAGCUACCAUCACUAGGUUUGGGUGCCCUGAGCUAGCCCCCUGAUGCUAGCUACCAUCACUAGGUUUGGGUGCCCUGAGCUAGCCCCCUGAUGCUAGCUACCAUCACUAGGUUUGGGUGCCCUGAGCUAGCCCCCUGAUGCUAGCUACCAUCACUAGGUUUGGGUGCCCUGAGCUAGCCCCCUGAUGCUAGCUACCAUCACUAGGUUUGGGUGCCCUGAGCUAGCCCCCUGAUGCUAGCUACCAUCACUAGGUUUGGGUGCCCUGAGCUAGCCCCCUGAUGCUAGCUACCAUCACUAGGUUUGGGUGCCCUGAGCUAGCCCCCUGAUGCUAGUAGCUAAACCAUCACUAGGUUUGGGUGCCCUGAGCUAGCCCCCUGAUGCUAGCUACCAUCACUAGGUUUGGGUGCCCUGAGCUAGCCCCCUGAUGCUAGCUAACCAUCACUAGGUUUGGGUGCCCUGAGCUAGCCCCCUGAUGCUAGCUACCAUCACUAGGUUUUGGGUGCCCUGAGCUAGCCCCCUGAUGCUAGCUACCAUCACUAGGUUUGGGUGCCCUGAGCUAGCCCCCCUGAUGCUAGCUACCAUCACUAGGUUUUGGGUGCCCUGAGCUAGCCCCCUGAUGCUAGCUACCAUCACUAGGUUUGGGUGCCCUGAGCUAGCCCCCUGAUGCUAGCUACCAUCACUAGGUUUGGGUGCCCUGAGCUAGCCCCCUGAUGCUAGCUACCAUCACUAGGUUUGGGUGCCCUGAGCUAGCCCCCUGAUGCUAGCUACCAUCACUAGGAGGGGGUGCCCUGAGCUAGCCCCCUGAUGCUAGCAGCAUAAUGCUGGGAGUUCCAGCAGUUUAACAAACCUGGUUUUAUGAUAGAAUAGAGCAGUAGCACCUUUUAGAGAUAGUGCUGGUUGGAUACAGCUCUCUAGCUCUCCCUCUUCUCUCCAUCUCUCCCUCUUCUCUCCAUCUCUCCCUCUUCUCUCUAGCUCUCCCUCUUCUCUCUAGCUCUCCCUCUUCUCUCUAGCUCUCCCUCUUCUCUCCAUGUCUCAUAUGCUUUCUCUCCCUCCCUCUCCCCCGUUCUCUAUCAGCUCUCUCAAUCUCCCCCUUCUCUCAAUCAACUCUCUCUCAGCUCUCUCCCCCCCUCUCAGCUCUCCCUCCCUCUCUCUCUCAGCUCUCCCUCUCGCCUUCUCUCUCUCAGCCCCCCCCCUCUCUCUCUCAGCUCCCCCCUCUCUCUCUCAGCCCCCCCCCCUCUCUCAGCUCCCCCCUCUCUCUCAGCUCCCCCCCUCUCUCUCUCAGCCCCCCCCCCUCUCUCUCUCAGCUCCCCCCCUCUCUCUCUCAGCCCCCCCCCCUCUCUCUCUCAGCUCCCCCCUCUCUCUCUCAGCUCUCUCCCCCCCUCUCUCUCUCAGCCCCCCUCUCUCUCUCAGCUCUCCCUCCCUCUCUCUCUCAGCUCUCCCUCUCGCCUUCUCUCUCUAUCAGCUCUCUCUCUCAGCUCCCCCCCCCUUCUCUAUCAGCUCUCUGUCAGUGUGUUAUCUGAAGUCUGUCUGUGUGUGUCUGUAGAUGCUGACAGACGGUCUGUGUCGACCAUGAACCUUUCCAAACAUGCAGCUGAUCCAGUGAUAACCAAGAGACUGUCCUACUCCUCUGCCACACUCCUACACUCUCCUGACAGAGGUAAAGACACACAGAGACACACACACACACGUGUGUGUGUGUAUAUACACUAAACAAAAAUAUAAACGCAACAUGUAAAGUGUUGGUCCCAUGUUUCAUGAGCUGAAAAAAAAAUCCCAGAAACGUUCCAUAUACACACAAAAAAUGUGUUUACAUCCCUUUUAGUGAGCAUUUCUCCUUUGCCAAGAUAAUCCAUCAGGUGCAGCAUAUCAAGAAGGUGAUUAAACAGCAUGAUCAUUACACAAGUGCACCUUGUGCAGGGGACAAUAAAAGGCCACUCUAAAAUGUGCAGUUUUGUCACACAACACAAUGCCACAGAUGACUCAAGUUUAGAGGCAGCGUGGAAUUGGCAUGCUGACUGCAGGAAUGUCCACCAGAGCUGUUGCCAGAAAAUUGAAUGUUCAUUUCUCUACCUUAAGCCACCUCAACGUCAUUUUAGAGAAUUUGGCGGGGGGUGGGGGGUGCUGAGAGGUAUUUCUGUUUGUAAUAAAGCCCUUUUGUGGAGAAAAACGUAUUCUGAUUGGCUGGGCCUGGCCCCUCAGUGGGUGGGCCUGGCUGCCAAGUGGGUGGGCCUAUGCCCCCCCAGGCCCACCCAUGGAUGCACCCCUGCCCAGUCAUGUGAAAUCCAUAGAUAAGGGCCUAAUGAAUUUCAUUCAAUUAACUGAUUUCCUUCUAUGAAUAUGAUCUGUAACCCAGUAAAAUCUUUGAAAUUGUUGCAUGUUGCGUUUAUAUUUUUGUACUGUGUUUGUGUAUGUAUACACUACUAGUUUGGACACACCUACUCAUUCAAGGGUUUUUCUUUAUUUUGACUAUUUUCUACGUUGUAGAAUAAUAGUGAAGACAUCUAAACUAUGAAAUAACACUUUUGGAAGCAUGUAGUAACCAAAAAAGCGUUAAACAAAUUGGAAUAUAUUUUAUAUUUGCGAUUCUUCAAAUAGCCACCCUUUGCCUUGAUGACAGCUUUGCACACUCUUGGCAUUCUCUCAACCAGCUUCAUGAGGUAGUCACCUGGAAUGCACUUAAAUUAACAGGUGUGCCUUCUUAAAAGUUAAUUUAUGGAAUUUCUUAAACUUCUUAAUGCAUUUGAGCCAAUCAGUUGUGUUAUGACAAGGUAGGGGGUGGGGUAUACAGAAGAUAGCCCUAUUUGGUGAAACUGGCUCUCUAUGAUGAAACUGGCUCUCAUGAGGACCGUCACAGGAAUGGAAGACCCAGAGUUACCUCUGCUGCAGAGGAUAAGUUCAUUAGAGUUACCAGCCUCAGAAAUUGCAGCCCAAAUAAAUGCUUCACAGAGUUCAAGUAACAGACACAUCUCAACAUCAACUGUUCAGAGGGGAUUGUGUGAAUCAGACCUUCAUGGUCGAAUUGCUGCAAAGAACGGAUGAUCUCCACAUGUGUAGUUCCCACUGUAAAGCAUGGAGGAGGAGGUGUUAUGGUGUGGGGGUGCUUUGCUGGUGACACUGUCUGUGAUUUAUUUAGAAUUCAAGGCACACUUAACCACAGCAUUCUGCAGCGAUACGCCAUCCCAUCUGGUUUGGGCUUAGUGGGACUAUCAUUUGUUUUUCAACAGGACAAUGACCCAACACACCUCCAGGCUGUGUAAGGGCUAUUUUACCAAGAAGGAGAGUGAUGCAGUGCUGCAUCAGAUGACCUGUUCUCCACAAUCCCCUGACCUCAACCCAAUUGAGAUGGUAUGGGAUGAGUCAGACUGCAGAGUGAAGGAAAAGCAGCCAGCAAGUGCUCAGCAUAUGUGGGAACUCCUUCAAGACUGUUGGAAAAGCAUUCCAGGUGAAGCUGGUUGAGAGAAUGCCAAGAGUGUGCAAAGCUGUCAUCAAUGAAAAAGGGUGGCUAUUUGAAGAGUCUCAAAUAUAAAAUAUAUUUGUAUUUGUUUAACACUUUUGUGGUUACUACAUGAUUCCAUAUGUGUUAUUUCAUAGUUUUGAUGUCUUCACUAUUAUUCUACCAUGUAGAAAAUAGUAAAAAUAAAGAAAAACCCUGGAAUGGGUAGGUGUGUCCAAACUUUUGACUGGUACAGUGUAUAUACAGUGGGGCAAAAAAGUAUUUAGUCAGCCACCAAUUGUGCAAGUUCUCCCACUUAAAAAGAUGAGAGAGGCCUGUAAUUUUCAUCAUAGGUACACGUCAACUAUGACAGACAAAAUGAGGGAAAAAAAUCCAGAAAAUCACAUUGUAGGAUUUUUAAUGAAUUUAUUUGCAAAUUAUGGUGGAAAAUAAGAAUUUGGUCAAUAACAAAAGUUUCUCAAUACUUUGUUAUAUACCCUUUGUUGGCAAUGACACAGGUCAAACGUUUUCUGUAAGUCUUCACAAGGUUUUCACACACUGUUGCUGGUAUUCUGGCCCAUUCCUCCAUGCAGAUCUCCUCUAGAGCACUGAUGUUUUGGGGCUGUCGCUGGGCAACACAGACUUUCAACUCCCUCCAAAGAUUUUCUAUGGGGUUGAGAUCUGGAGACUGGCUAGGCCACUCCAGGACCUUGAAAUGCUUCUUACGAAGCCACUCCUUUGUUGCCCGGGUGGUGUGUUUGGGAUCAUUGUCAUGCUGAAAGACCCAGCCACGUUUCAUCUUCAAUGCCCUUGCUGAUGGAAGGAGGUUUUCACUCAAAAUCUCAUGAUACAUGGCCCCAUUCAUUCUUUCCUUUACACGGAUCAGUCGUCCUGGUCCCUUUGCAGAAAAACAGCCCCAAAGCAUGAUGUUUCCACCCCCAUGCUUCACAGUAGGUAUGGUGUUCUUUGGAUGCAACUCAGCAUUCUUUGUCCUCCAAACACGACGAGUUGAGUUUUUACCAAAAAGUUAUAUUUUGGUUUCAUCUGACCAUAUGACAUUCUCCCAAUCCUCUUCUGGAUCAUCCAAAUGCACUCUAGCAAACUUCAGAUGGGCCUGGACAUGUACUGGCUUAAGCAGGGGGACACGUCUGGCACUGCAGGAUUUGAGUCCCUGGCGGCGUAGUGUGUUACUGAUGGUAGGCUUUGUUACUUUGGUCCCAGCUCUCUGCAGGUCAUUCACUAGGUCCCCCCAUGUGGUUCUGGGAUUUUUGCUCACCGUUCUUGUGAUCAUUUUGACCCCACGGUGUGAGAUCUUGCGUGGAGCCCCAGAUCGAGGGAGAUUAUCAGUGGUCUUGUAUGUCUUCCAUUUCCUAAUAAUUGCUCCCACAGUUGAUUUCUUCAAACCAAGCUGCUUACCUAUUGCAGAUUCAGUCUUCCCAGCCUGGUGCAGGUCUACAAUUUUGUUUCUGGUGUCCUUUGACAGCUCUUUGGUCUUGGCCAUAGUGGAGUUUGGAGUGUGACUGUUUGAGGUUGUGGACAGGUGUCUUUUAUACUGAUAACAAGUUCAAACAGGUGCCAUUAAUACAGGUAACGAGUGGAGGACAGAGGAGCCUCUUAAAGAAGAAGUUACAGGUCUGUGAGAGCCAGAAAUCUUGCUUGUUUGUAGGUGACCAAAUACUUAUUUUCCACCAUCAUUUGCAAAUAAAUUCAUUAAAAAUCCUACAAUGUGAUUUUAUUGGAUUUUUUUUCCUCAAUUUGUCUGUCAUAGUUGACGUGUACCUAUGAUGAAAAUUACAGGCCUCUCUCAUCUUUUUAAGUGGGAGAACUUGCACAAUUGGUGGCUGACUAAAUACUUUUUUUCCCCACUGUAUAUAUACACCCACCGAUGAUCAUAUUGUCCAGGAAAAGGUAUUCUAUUGCUGUUCUCUCUCUCUCUCUCUCUCUCUCUCUCUCUCUACAGUCUGUCUCAUCAUUAAGUUCUCAUUGUUGUUUGGUUUGUAGAGUAAAGUUUACAUUGGCUAGCAUCGUGGUAACAAUUGUCGUGUAAAUGUGCCAUAUUCUUACUAAAUCCAGCAUUGUUCACAGUAUGGUGUUUACAUUGAGGCUUCCUGCCAUGUUGUGGCAUGAUCAUAUUUGGUCCUCUGUAGCUCAAUUGGUAGAGCAUGGCGCUUGUAACGCCAGGGUAGUGGGUUCGAUCCCCGGGACCACCCAUACAUAAAAAAUGUAUGCACACAUGACUGUAAGUCGCUUUGGAUAAAAGCGUCUGCUAAAUGGCAUAUUAUUAUUAUUAUUUAAUAUUUGAUGAGCUAAAGUCGGCUGUGUGCUGUAGUUUUGGUUUUAAGGUAUAUGAUAUGAGGUGUGGUGAUUUUGUCAUUGCUCCUCUCAGUGUUACAGAAAAGGACCUCCUCUUCGCCCUUACUUAGCAAAUCACAGUCCAAACUCCGCCUACCAGGGGGAAAGACCGCCCACUACAAACCCCAAGGUGGUUCUGGGAAAAGAGGGCAUUUUUUCCCCUCUGUAUUCCACCUCACUCCCACCGCUAACCUAUCAGAUCACAGGCUGGAAACAGAUUUCUUAAAUAACGUUCCAACGCUGUACUAUAACGUUCCAACGCUGUACUAUAACGUUCCAACACUGUACUAUAACGUUCCAACACUGUACUAUAACGUUCCAACACUGUACUCUAACGUUCCAUAAACACAUUAGCUGUCAGUCCUUAUAGAGUUAAAGGCUUGUAAUACAGACCACAUUAAAUGUUCUUGAAACGUUUUUAAAUCUCCUUUUUUUUUGCUACUGUGUUUAUAUAGAAAUCAGUCAGUAGCAUUAUUAUCGUCCUCACACAAAAUGAUCUAGCAGACGGAUUAAAAUGUAGUUCCUGAUGUUUGUGUCAGUCAGUCACGUUGCGUUAAUGGGAUCUAGCAGACAGUAAUGUAGAUGUGUUAAUAGGAUCAGGCAGUAUGUGAGGCAUCGUAGCGGUUAGAAGGGAUGAAUUUAUUCUACGCCCAUGACCCUCUUUCUCUAAUCCUCUCUCUCUAGAGGAUCAUCUGGCCAUGGACAAACAGACUUAUUUGUAUCGUGGUUCCUAUAGUCUAGAAUAGAGGUCUGUUUAGUGCAGUCAGUGAGGUGAAUCAACAUUAGGGCACUAUAGUUUAGCCUUGUCUGGAUACCUGCACCCUUUGGGUCGUGGUCUAAAGUAGUGCACUAUUCCCUAUGGGUCGUGGUCUAAAGUAGUGCACUGUUCCCUUUGGGUCGUGGUCUAAAGUAGUGCACUGUUCCCUUUGGGUCGUGGUCUAAAGUAGUGCACUGUUCCCUAUGGGUCGUGGUCUAAAGUAGUGCACUAGAUAGGGAAUAGGGUGACAUUUGAGACAGAGCCUGGAUCAUCAGGGGAAGGAGCCCUAUGCCCGUUGACUAGAUAGUUUCCAGCCUGUGUGCAUCUGUCGAGGUGUUUUUGUCUGGGACGCUUGUUCUGAAUCCUGCAUGUCACACUGUUAUCCCUCUGUCUACUGAUACUCUCUAUCCCAGACGCAACACAGAGAUACUCUCUAUCCCAGACACAACACAGACAUACUCUCUAUCCCAGACACAACACAGAGAUACUCUCUAUCCCAGACACAACACAGAUAUACUCUCUAUCCCAGACACAACACAGAGAUACUCUCUAUCCCAGACGCAACACAGAGAUACUCUCUAUCCCAGACACAACACAGAGAUACUCUCUAUCCCAGACACAACACAGAGAUACUCUCUAUCCCAGACACAACACAGAGAUACUCUCUAUCCCAGACACAACACAGAGAUACUCUCUAUCCCAGACACAACACUAAGAUACUCUCUAUCCCAGACACAACACAGAUAUACUCUCUAUCCCAGACGCAACACAGAUAUACUCUCUAUCCCAGACACAACACAGAGAUACUCUCUAUCCCAGACACAACACUAAGAUACUCUCUAUCCCAGACACAACACAGAUAUACUCUCUAUCCCAGACACAACACAGAGAUACUCUCUAUCCCAGACGCAACACAGAGAUACUCUCUAUCCCAGACACAACACAGAGAUACUCUCUAUCCCAGACACAACACAGAGAUACUCUCUAUCCCAGACACAACACAGAGAUACUCUCUAUCCCAGACACAACACAGAGAGCUUCACCAUUGCUAGGGGGCUUCACCGUUCACACACACCAGCUCUCUCUUUCAGUAAAUCAUGUAUUGUGUAAUUGGAUAAUGAAUGAAAGGGACACUGGGAACUGGAUCAUGUGCAUGACUCCCCAAACUAUCCUCCAUGAUGGCUGCAUCCCAAAUGCUCUUUAUAGUGCACUACUUAUCACCAGAGCCCAUAGGGAUACGAAUCCCCUGAUGUCACACUGGUUAAAGCACAGAAGUGUUCACUUAAUUCUCUAUAAUUCUCUUAAUUCACCAUGUUCUUUUGCAUGUUUUCUCAGUUACUAUGGCGAUCUCCCCUUCCUGCAUGUUACUAUGGGGAUCUCCCCUUCCUGCAUGUUACUAUGGGGAUCUCCCCUUACUGCAUGUUACUAUGGGGAUCUCCCCUUACUGCAUGUUACUAUGGCGAUCACCCCUUACUGCAUGUUACUAUGGGGAUCUCCCCUUACUGCAUGUUACUAUGGCGAUCACCCCUUACUGCAUGUUACUAUGGCGAUCUCCCCUUACUGCAUGUUACUAUGGCGAUCUCCCCUUACUGCAUGUUACUAUGGGGAUCUCCCCUUACUGCAUGUUACUAUGGCGAUCACCCCUUACUGCAUGUUACUAUGGCGAUCUCCCCUUACUGCAUGUUACUAUGGCGAUCUCCCCUUACUGCAUGUUACUAUGGCGAUCUCCCCUUACUGCAUGUUACUAAGGCGAUCUCCCCUUACUGCAUGUUACUAUGGGGAUCACCCCUUACUGCAUGUUACUAUGGGGAUCUCCCCUUACUGCAUGUUACUAUGGCGAUCACCCCUUACUGCAUGUUACUAUGGCGAUCUCCCCUUACUGCAUGUUACUAUGGCGAUCUCCCCUUACUGCAUGUUACUAUGGCGAUCUCCCCUUACUGCAUGUUACUAUGGCGAUCUCCCCUUACUGCAUGUUACUAUGGCGAUCUCCCCUUCCUGCAUGUUACUAUGGGGAUCUCCCCUUACUGCAUGUUACUAUGGCGAUCUCCCCUUACUGCAUGUUACUAUGGCGAUCUCUCCUUACUGCAUGUUACUAUGGCGAUAUCACCUUACUGCAUGUUACUAUGGGGAUCUCCCCUUACUGCAUGUUACUAUGGCGAUCUCCCCUUACUGCAUGUUACUAUGGCGAUCUCUCCUUACUGCAUGUUACUAUGGCGAUAUCACCUUACUGCAUGUUACUAUGGGGAUCUCCCCUUACUGCAUGUUACUAUGGCGAUCCCUCCUUACUGCAUGUUACUAUGGCGAUCUCCCCUUACUGCAUGUUACUAUGGGGAUCUCCCCUUACUGCAUGUUACUAUGGCGAUCUCCCCUUACUGCAUGUUACUAUGGCGAUCUCCCCUUACUGCAUGUUACUAUGGCGAUCUCCCCUUACUGCAUGUUACUAUGGGGAUCUCCCCUUACUGCAUGUUACUAUGGCGAUCUCUCCUUACUGCAUGUUACUAUGGC